CGAAAAUAUUCGGAGUUUCUUUUCUCCAUCGCUAACGUUCAUGCCGAUAUAAUCACAAGACUCAGGCUAUAAGCAUACCCUCAAGCGCAUGUUCCAUUUCCUACAGUCUUGAACUCCCUUCCCCUCCCUCCACGCGAACUUACAAUGCCACCCCUCACAAAAGAGCACGUUCUCUCCAUCUUCGCCCACCUCGCCGCCGGCGAAGCGUCCUCCUUCUUCGACCACGUGGCCGAGGAUGUGGACUGGCUCGUCACGGGCUCCGCGCAUCCCUUAGCCAAGCGGUACCAUUCUAAAGAGCAGUUCAUCAGGGAAAGCUGGCGGGGGGUUGGGUCGAUAUUGCAGAAGCCGAUGAAGUUGAGUGUUGUAGGUGUCAUGGUGGAGCCCGAGGAGGGAGGCAUGAAGGGACGGGCCGUCGUGGAGUUGAAGGGUGUGGGCGGGGUGUUGAAGAGCGGGAAGGAGUAUAACAAUGAGUAUUGCUGGGUGUUGGGUUUCAAUGAUGAUGGGAUGAUUGCUAGUGUGCGAGCGUAUCUGGAUACUGCGAUGCUGAGAGAUGCCCUGGGAGAAAACGCAUCUUGAGGAAUGGGAAUCGCAUAUCGGGCUUCGGAGAAGUUGUACACCUCGAUAAGCUUUUGUAUUCUGCUUCUCUCUAAGUCAACCUAUCAUUACGACUACAUAACGCUGUUACGUUAUUGCUGUCGUUUGUCUGUAGUGGAUUGGGCUCUCUCGUCCUGGCCACUUCCAUUCCAACCUAAGUACUCUCACAACAGGCACCA